CCUUGGAAACCCCUGAUGUAUCACAGAGCUGUCCGCCAUAAUUCUUUUCAGAGAUUUGGUAGUUACACAAGCGGCUGUACGGACGACGGUUAAUUCGAUUUUCCCCCCUUAAAAAUAGAACGUUAAUGCAGUGUUUUCUUUUUGGGAUUAUAGUUAAAAAUUACUGGGUUAUUUCGGGGAGGGUUGUGUUUAAGGUUUUGAUGUAAGGCGGAUGCGACGUUUUUGGUAGACGGCCUUUUUUGUUUUGGUGAGAGGGGAAAGGGAGGCCAUUUUAGGCCGCUCUUCCCCCUUCUUUCUCUCCUUUGUCACAUUUCAGCUCCUUAAGCUUUUCACCCUCCGCCAUUUACUGCGCGGACACGACGGAUUUCUAGAGGAGUACCGAGGACUUGCUUUAAAUUGCUCGACUGGACUGUGCUACGUUCUGGGGAGAGAGAAAGAGACUGAUUUUGAAGUCACGGACGCUGAGAGGAGGCCGACAUUAACCGCCAUCGCGGUUCGGACUCUUUGGCUACCCUCUCCUACUCUCUUUUCAGUUUCGUUGAUACUUGGUGUCGUUUGGACCCAACUGGACUCUUUUUCUGCCAAGGAUCUGGAAGACCGUUCGCGGCUCUGAUCACUUUACACUGACGGACUGCAGUUGUGGAAGUCUUAUUUGAGACUAUGUCGUUUAAUAUUGGUUGAAUUUUUAUUGGUGUGAAUGUAGGUUGAUGAUUCCCCCGCCUCCUUUCCUUCCCAAUUCGAUUAAUUAAGAGAAGAACAUUUUACUCCUGCUGACUCAUGUUGAAACAUCUACAUUUAUGAUGGUUAUCUAUAAUAACUAGCCAGCUAGCGGUUGUUGGCAAAACGCAGGUUGAGUGAUCGCGUUGCAUUCUCUAGGGUUUGAUUGUACGUUGGAUUUUUCCAUUGUUUGGCCAAUUCAGCUAGUGUAUUCUGGUUAACACGAUGUCCUGUGUGCAUUAUAAAUUUUCAUCUAAACUGAAUUAUGACACGGUCACGUUUGAUGGGCUGCACAUUACGCUCAGUGACCUAAAGCGACAGAUAAUGGGUCGCGAAAAACUCAAAGCGGCCGACUGCGAUUUGCAGAUAACCAACGCCCAGACUAAAGAGGAGUACACUGAUGAUGGAGCGCUCAUUCCAAAAAACUCCUCGGUCAUCAUCAGAAGAAUUCCCAUUGGUGGAGUCAAGUCCACAAGCAAAACAUAUGUCAUUGACCGCUCUGAACCUUCAAGUGGACCUUCUAAAGCAAUCGAUGAUUCUGCUGCUUCAAUUACACUGGCCCAGCUGUCUAAGACCGCCAACCUCGCUGAGGCCAAUGCUUCUGAAGAAGAUAAAAUUAGAGCUAUGAUGUCACAGUCUAAUCACGAAUAUGAUCCUGUUCAUUACAUGAAGAAAAUGGUUGGACCGCCACCUCCAAACUACACCUGCUUCCGCUGUGGGAAAAAUGGACACUACAUACGAAACUGUCCAACCAAUGGGGACAAGAGCUUUGAGGCACCGCAGCGUAUCAAGAAGAGCACUGGGAUCCCACGUAGCUUUAUGAUGGAGGUGGAUGACCCCAGCAUGAAAGGAGCCAUGUUAACUAACACUGGCAGAUACGCCAUUCCCACCAUUGAUGCAGAGGCCUAUGCCAUUGGCAAAAAGGAGAAGCCCCCAUUCUUGCCGCCGGAACAGUCGUCAUCCUCGGAGGAGGAGGACCCUGUGCCAGAUGAACUGCUAUGCCUGAUCUGCAAAGACCUGAUGACUGAUGCGGUGGUCAUCCCCUGCUGCGGGAACAGCUAUUGUGACGACUGUAUCAGAACAUGUCUCCUAGAAUCUGAAGAGCACGUGUGUCCCACCUGCCACCAAUCUGAUGUUUCUCCUGAUGCUUUAAUUGCUAAUAAGUUCCUGCGACAGGCUGUUAAUAACUUCAAAAACGAGACGGGCUACACCAAACGUAUGCGCAAGGCUCCGGCCCAACCAGCAGCGCCUGUGGUCCCACCCCAGCCAAGGGUGCAGCGGCCCGUCCAGCCAAUAAGGCCCCCCACAUCCCGGCAGCAAGAUCCAUUACUUGCUAACGUUCCCCGACCUACGACAACUGCCACCCCUCCUCCAGCAACCCCUGCAGUGAGCGCACCAGGGACACACGUGGUCCCCACCCCGCCCACUGCUGCGGCUAGCACCCCCUCCAUGCAGGCUGGUGCUGCGGCAGGUGUGCCAGGUUACAGCGCUGCCUCUCCCUCCCCCCAGAGGUCCAUCAAGCAGGAGGAGCCUGUGCUUUCCAAGGAGCUUGAGAAUGUCCCAUCGGCACCCUCGGUAAUGGUGUCAGCUGACCCGCCAUUGACAACCCCUGUCAUUCCAAAGGGAUUUCACGUGCCAGUGAUGGAUCAACCGCACUCCCUUGGCCAUUCCAUCCCCAGAACAGGACAGCUACUUCGACCCAACCUGCCCAGGCCCAGCAGACCUGCUUGGGACACGACUGCAGGCAGAGGGCGCUCUCAUUCUGACCGUCCUCAGCGGCUGCAGGCACCCCUCCCAGUGCCGCCCCCAGUCUACAUGCCCACCCCCGCCCUCUUUGCCCCUCCGCAACAUGCCAUGCCCCAGCCGCCUGGCCUGGCCCCGCAGCCAUACCCCCUGCAGUACCCAACAGGCCAGCCACCUGCCACCAACUACAACGUACCACCGCCCGUCUACCCACCAGCCCCAGCUGCGGUGUCCACCCAGUGGGUGCCCCCUGGGGCCCAGCCCCCCAUCGGCAACCCCAUACCCCAGCUUGGGCCGGCACCUUUCCUGUCCAAGGAAGAGUUCUACAGGCAGCAACGCAGGUUGAAGGAAGAUUCGCACUGUCAAUUCAUUGCCAGGGAGAAGUCUAAGCUUGAGGAAUUCACCAAUGAUUUUGCCAAAGAAUUACUGGCGUACAGGAAGAUUCAGAAACAGCGGCGCUCGUAUUCCAGAUCUAAGUCUCCCUAUAGAGGGUCAUCAUACAGCGAGAGCUCCUACUCCUACUCUAAAUCACGAUCCAGGUCCCGGUCCCCUCGCUCCUACUCCCGUUCCCUGAGUCGCUCCAGGUCCCGGUCUCGCUCCAGGUCCCGGUCCCGGUCCUACUCCCGGUCCCCAUAUGGUCGGCGUGGAGGUCGAGGCCGCAGCCGCAGCUACCGUUCCAGGUCCCGCUCCCAUGGUUACCACCGCUCCCGUACUCGUUCCCCAUCCUACAGGGGCCGAGAUGGUGGCAGCACGAGUGCAGGGGCUUACCGUUCACGGUCACGCUCGCCGGCCGCUUACAGGAGUCACACCCCGCCAAAGAAGCCCAUGCCUCUUCUGCAGCUUGAUGGAGAUCGCAAGUAUGUGAACCGCUACCGGGAACCUCCUCCAUAUGAUGCCAAGGCAUAUUAUGGCCGCAACAUUGACCAGGGAGACCCAUAUGAGAGGGAGAGAUACAGGGAAUGGGAGAGGGAGUAUCGGGAAUGGUAUGAGAAAUACUUCAAGAACUACAACAAUCCACCAGGCAACAUGCCCCGAGGGAGGGCUCCACCAGCGGGCAGAGAACCAUUCACCCCAGAACGGUUUGCCCCACCACGACCCAGGGAGAACUCGCCAUAUGGACGUGGGAGAAGGGAAGAGUACUCUGCUCCAGGCCAGAGCCAUAGCUUACUCCCAAGAGGUCGUCAUGGGCCACAGGCCUACCAGGACAAAUUUCCAUUUAAGGAGGGUCAUGGCCUUGGCGGUGUAGGCAAUGCAGGGAAAGAGCCACAGAAGGGUCCUAAAGAUAGGGAGCCUAGCGGAAGUGGCCCUGGAGAUCCCAAAGGCUUGAAGCACAAGAAGCACCGGAAAAAGAGGAAAGGAGAGGAGGGAGAUUCCUUCAGUCACUCAGAUUCCAUGGAUGAUGGGAGGAAGGAGGACCGGAAGGGAGAUGGCAUGCUGAUGGCCUCCAGUCGUGAUGAUGCUACACCCGUUAGGGAUGAACCCAUGGAGAGCCCAACCGUGCCCUACAAGGCUUCCUCAGACAAAGAUCGCAGGGACAAAGUCAAAGGUAAAAGUGAGAAGCUGAAGCGGAAACCAGAGGCAAAUACCCCUAAGAAGGAGUCGUCUAUGAAGACCUCAAAGUCCUGCAGGGAGAAAGAAGCAGACCUGGAUCGUGAAAAGUCACCCCGCUGUGAGCCGGUAGUCAAAAGGGCAAAGGAGGACUUCUCUCAGAAAGUAGAUUCUGGCAAGCAGCACACAUCACAGAGAGAGGAAAAGGCUCCACCAACCCGAAGGGUGGUACAAAAGCCCACGAAACAUAGCCAGGAGCCCAAGCCUGCAAAAGAAGAGCCAAAGGUGAAGAAAGAGCAUGUGAAGGAGGCUCCCAGACAUGACAAAGCCCCCAACAAGGACGAGAAGCCCAAAACAGAGACUGAGAAGGCCAUCAAGAGCGAGGAUAGGCCGGCCAACAAAACCACCGAAGCCAAACCCGAGAAAAGGAAACGAAAAGAGGAGAAAGCUCCAGAGAAGGACCCAGAUGGCUCUCUGGUCAGAUCACCCAAAGUUGAAGCGACCGAGGUGGCCAAAGGAUCCCCAAAACCCAAACCCAAGCCUGAGGGUGAAAAGCCUGCAGAGAAAGAAAGACCAGCUAUUCGACCUCUGAUGGAGAAGGAGGUAAAGCCUGUGCCUUUGAGGAAGAUCAAGAUUAACCGUGAGAUUGGCAAGAAGAUAGGGAGCACGGACUGCGCACCUAUUGUAGAGGAAUCUUCAGAUGGUGCUGGAAAGAGCAGACCUGAGAAGACAAAGAGCAAGAUCCGUAGGAAAAUACCAGCUCCUGAUGGCUCCAGCUUGUUGGUAGACUAUACCAGUACAAGUUCCACAGGGGGAAGUCCCAUCAAGAAGGUCGAGGAGAAGCAGGACCUGAAGAAAACUGUGGUGAAAACCCUAGAGGAGUAUACUAAUGACAGCUCCACUCCUGCAGAAGAUGAGAUAGUCAUGAUCCAAGUUCCUCGCUCCAAAUGGGAAAAGGAAGAUUAUGAAUCUGAGGAUGAGGAGGCCAAGGCAUCCUUGCCCCCGGGGAAGGACAACUCCACACCUGCCCCCGCUGCCCCUGAAAGCACCGCUGUGAGGGCCAAUGACAAGAACUCACCGCAGCCAGAACGAGUUACCCCUGCUGCUAAGGAAACUGUGAAGGUUGAAGUUGUGACAGAAACUAAGCCUGCAAAGGUCUCCCCUCCAAAUGACAAAGAGAGGGAUAAAGAGAAGGAGUGGGAGAGAGAACGAGAGAAGGGGAGGGAGAGGGAGCGGAGCGCUGCAGAGAGGGAGUCUGCAGACAAGAGAAAACCUAUGGUCCUGAGCACAGACAGGGAGAGGAACAGAGAGAAAGAGGGAGAACGUGGCGGUGACCAUGGUAGUGAUAGGAGCAGCUCUUCUACUUCUCACUCCUCUAGGGACAGGCCAGCAGACAAAGCUGAUGCAACAUCACGGAAGCCUGGCAGCAAGGAAGGUAGCUCUGCUAGCUCUGACAGGAGACCAGAGCACAGGCCAAGCCAAAGGGAUCACUCUUCAUCAAAACCCAAAGACAGCAAACCCAGGGAACCUGCCAAAAGGCGGGAGUCCCCACAACCCUCAAAGGAGCACAGCCAGCCUCCCCGCAAUAGAGAGAGAGAUAGAGAGAGGGAUACAGAUGUGGCAAAGAGGGGAUUGGGGGGGUCUGGGCCCUCAGAGUCCCGGAGGUCAGAGCACAGCCCCAGCCGAGACAAGAAGCCAUCUCAGAGUGCCCCAGAGCCACCAAGACAAGAGUCUGAACCUCGGAAGGCUGAGAGGUCAUCUGGCAAAGAAGGGCAGAGCAAUAGGCACCAGGACACAAGGGAGUCUAGAGAUGUAAGGGACAGUAAGGACACAAGGGAGACAAGGGACUCCAGAGACAAGGAGCACAGCUCCCACAAGCCCCCCCAUAGGGCCAGCUCCCCUGAACCCAGGACUGAGACAGAUCGGGCUGGAGGCCGUGUCGAGCGUGACCACAGCAAAGCCAAGCCUCCCUCAGUCCGGUCCACACGACUUUCCUCCGACCUGGGCCGCGAGACGGACGAGGCAGCCUUCGUCCCCGACUACAGUGAGAGUGACAGCGAAGCCUCGGAUGCCGAUGGACGAGCAGAGCAGAGGGCCAGGGACCGGGGCCCGGACAGCAGCCCGAGUGCCAGUGCCAGCCCCUCCCCUUCGGGAAGUCAUGCCCGCAGCAGCAGUGCCAGCUCCGGUGGCAGCCAGGACAGCAAGAAGAAGCGUAAAGACAAAAAGGAAAAGAAGGACAAGAAGAAGCAUAAGAAGCACAAGAAACACAAAAAACACAAGAAGCACACAAGCAAUGAGUCCGAGACUGAGCAGAAAGGUCAGAAACACAAGCAUAAGAAAAAGAAGUCGAAAAAGAACAAGGAAAAGGACAAAGACGAGAAGGAGAAAGAAAAAGAGAAAGACGACCAAAAAUAAAAGGGUCUGUUUGAGAUCUCAGACGGCAGCAGUUGACUUAAUUUACUCAAGUCAUUUUUUUGUAACAAUGUCGGUAUUGUACAGGAAAUACAAUUUUGUAAAUACACAGAUGGUGAGAAGACUGCAUGUAAAGAUAAUACUGCUGUUUUUUUUCCCCUCCUGCAAUAAUCUUGUCUUCUGAGGUUUCUAAUGCAAUUCUGUAUAAUGGUAUUGAUUUGACCAUGCAAUUACCCGCAGCAUUGCUGAGAGAUUAGCUACUUGAAAAGGCGAAAGUGAAAACUUCUUUUGUAUGUCGAUCGACAUGCGAAGGACAAGGGUCUAGAGAAUCCUUAGUCUACUUUUUAAACACCGUAAAUGUAAAUCUAGGAGUACCGACUUUAAUAAGCAGGCGUUCGGUAAAAGCAUUGUACAGUGAAAGCACUUUAUAGAUGUGAAAUUUGCUGCAUAGCUUGCCGGAAGCGAUGUCGUUACGUACCUCAUUCUGUCUAGGUGUGCGAGUAUAUUUGUAGCCUGAAAGUACAGCAAUUACUGGUAGAACUGGAGCGUCUUAUUGAAGAGCGGCUUGGUGACACAUCGAGUCUAUUUGUGGGAUUAAUUGUGACUGUGAAUAUUUUCUUCCACGUUUUAUUUUAUCUUUUUGCAUUGCCUUCACAUUUAAUUUAAAAUUCAUGCUGAAUACUGCGGAGGGGAAACCUUUGUUUUGAAGACAAUAAACGUUUUUCAGCAAAACAUGAAACAUUC